AUGGCGCUCAAUGCCGCCUCACAUAACAUAACUGGCUCGCCAACUGGUUCUCCCUCUGGACCACCGCCUCCAGUGUCCUCCGACAUAACCUCUGCGGCCAAAGGCUCGGCUGCACAAGACGCCAUGGGUCAGAAUGUGCCCGGAAAGGAUCUGCAAGACAACGAGAAAGGUCAAACCGUGAUGGGUGAAGCAGGCAAGGAGAAGACUGCAAAAGAAAGUAUGCAAGAUAACACUGAAGGCCCGCAUUGA